AUGGAGGAGCAACAAGCCAUCCUGAAGUUUUUCAGGACUCUCUCAGAGGAGGAGAAUGAGUACAUAAUGCAAGACGACAAGGAGCGAUCACAGAGUUUUAAUGUAAAGAAAAAUGGGGAUAUGAGUGUUGAAGAUGCUGUGGAGAAAAGUAGAGACUCUUCAUCACAUGUUAUAUUGCCUAAUGAAGGAGAGAAGUUGAAAUCUAACCCAGUUGGACAUAUAACUAGGAGAGAAGCAGGAAGUGACUCAGACAUGCUAGAGGAGGAGAGGAAUAAUGUCAACCUAACAGAGCAGCAGAGCGUGGCUGUGAACGCUGAGAAUGGCUCAGAGAAACAGAGCGCUGCAACAAAUCAAGACCAAAAUAAGAUGCCAGAUGGACACUGUGACAAAGUUAACAGCUGCAGCAAAGAGGGUUGUCACAUAUCGGAGAACUCGCUGGAUGAAUGUGCCUUGAAGGAAUCUCUGCAACCAAAUACAGGUUGGGAUUGUGUUGCACCAGUCAGCCUCAAGCAGGAUGACACUGAAGAAAACGACCAGAGAGGAACAAAAGACUACGAAAAGGUUCACUUCAGGGAAGAUGUCACGAGUAUUUCCAGUUCAGAUGUGGGUUUUGACCCAGAAGAAUCUGCCAAAACUAGAUCUAAAACCAAACAUGUAGUGAUAGCGUCGCCUCGGACAGGACCUGCAGUUGAGGAAACGGUUGAACCGAUAGUAACACCCACACUGGAGCAGACCGGUGGCCCUUCCUGCUUUACAGAUGACGAUGAAGAGGAGCGGGCAGGUGCAGAGGACAGCGAAGAAGAAGAAGAGAAAAGAGAUGCAUUUCCAGACUUCUCCGUCCAACCUCACCAUCCUCCCAGCCCAAAAGGCACUUCAAAUAUUUGUAUAACAUCUGCAGCUAACAACCCUCCGCCUGGAUCCACCUUCACCAGAGCCACCUUCACCCCAGGCUCCCCCACCGACAAGCCGCUCCCGGCCCUCUUCAGCGGCCUGAGGGUCCUGAGGAAGGGGGUGGUCGGGCCCGAGCACGACACCGUGGCCCAGAUCAAACCUUCAUCUCAAGGAGCAAGGAGGGAAAUCUACCCAGAGAGGCAAGGGGAUGCUAAAGUUCAGGGGAGCUUCCUGGACCAGAUCUCCAAUUUACUGAACAGGGAAAAGAGAGGAGAUGAGGAAGAGGAGAGGGAGAAAAUGGAGGCUGAGGGAGACCAGGAUGAGAUUGAGAUUGAAGAAAAUCAAAAGGAUGCGAGGAAAGACCUUGAAACCGAGGAAGAUGUUUUAUACGAGUCCACAAAACCUUCUCUGUCCAGUGCAGAGGCUGCAUUCGAUGCCUUCAAAGCUUUCUUCACCCCAAAGCCUUUGAAGAAGGACCCAGCGGAGAAGGUGGACCUGGAGGCCGUGAGGAAGAAGAUAAGAGCAGAUAAAGAUGUGCUAAGAGCGCUUUUUGAGAGAUCCUCCAAAAAGACGCCAGAGAAGAAAGACCCACCUGAUGGCAAAUCAGAAGCAGCCACCUCAGGAGAGGGAGAGGAAAGAACUCCUGGUCGUCUACAAGCCGUCUGGCCACCACUUAAGGAGGAAAAGGUUGGGCUCAAGUACACAGAAGCAGAGCACCAGGCUGCUCUCCUGCAACUGAAGAGAGAAUGUAAAGAAGAGCUGGAAAAGUUACAGGAGGACUUUGGUCAGGAACUCUCCCGACUGAGGGUGGAGAACGAGGACAAUGUCGCCCGUCUGGAGCUCACUCUGGCCCAGCUGCAGGCCGAACUCUCCCAGGGUGGGACCCGCAAACGUGGGGAAAGCAAAGAUGUCGCUGUAUCAACGGGAGACGACUUUUUAAACAAAUCUUUCCGCACAGUCUGCAUCCAGACCGACCGGGAAACAUUUGUAAAGACUCCUGAGGAUGGAGAAGGUGUGGGGAGAGCCUACGCGAGCCCUCAGCAGCAGAAGGUGACCCCCAAAAAGCUGGACCUGGCUUCUAUCAGCCUCAGCCUGGCCGGGCAAAGAGACGAUACUUUAUCUUCCUCAUCUUGUGACCCUCCAUCCCAAAUUCUUCCUCCACCUGGAAGCAUGCAACCUCCAUCAGAACAACAACCUGCUCCUUCUCAGACCACCAAAACAGACAAUCUGCCUCCUCCUCCUCCUCCUCCUCCUCCUCCUCCUCCUCUGCCUUGUUCGUCUUCCCCCCUAAACCACAUGCAGCCGUCAAAUGGCCCUCCGCCCCCGCCACCUCCUCCUCCAUCCAUGCCUGGCCUUAUACCCCCUCCACCUCCUCCUCCUCCAUCCAUGCCAGGCUUAGCUCCCCCUCCACCUCCUCCUCCACCAGUUGGGGGCUUCAAUGUUGAAGUACCUCCCAGGAAACCGACAGUGCAGCCUUCCCGACCCAUGAAGCCUCUUUACUGGACCAGGAUCCAGAUCCAGGACAAGAAGAACAAGACACUGUGGAACAUUUUAGAGGAACCAAAUAUAAUAAACGCCAGCGAGUUUGAGGAUCUCUUCGCCAAAACCACCACACAGACCAAGAGGAAGCCGCUGGCAGAGGCUUACCAGAAGAAAGCCAAAGCCAGGAAGAUCAUUAAGCUGUUGGACGGGAAGCGCUCUCAGGCCGUGGGCAUCCUUAUAUCUAGCCUCCACCUGGAGAUGAAAGACAUACAACAAGCUGUCCUGGCAGUGGAUCACUCUGUGGUGGACGUGGAGACAAUUGAAGCACUGUAUGAAAAUAGAGCGCAGCCAGAGGAACUGGAGAGAAUCAAGAAACACUACGAGACGUCAGAGGAAGAGGAAGUUAAACUGCUGGACAAACCUGAACAGUUCCUGUAUGAGCUGUCUCAGAUCCCAGAGUUUGCAGGCAGAGCUCACUGCAUCAUCUUCCAGUCAGCCUUCAUCGAUGGGAUCGCAUCCAUCCAACACAAGCUCAACACAGUUUCAUCUGUCUGUACGGCUCUGCUGGAGAGCGACGGUGUGACGGAGGUGAUGGGACUGGUGUUGGCUCUGGGGAACUACAUGAACGGAGGCAACAGGACCAGAGGUCAGGCCGAUGGCUUUGGCCUGGAGAUUCUACCCAAACUGAAGGAUGUCAAGAGCAAGGACAAUCGUAUCAGCCUGGUGGACUACGUGGUGUCGUACUACCUGCACAAUGUGGAUAAGCACGCCGGCACAGACAAGAGUAUCUUCCCACUUCCUGAACCUCAGGACGUCUUGCUGGCUGCACAGGUCAAGUUCGAUGACCUCAACAGAGACCUGAGACAGCUCGGACGAGAUCUGACAAGAUGCGAAAAAGAUGUACAGAAGGUUUGCUCUGAUUCUCCUGGAAAAAACCUGCAGCCGUUUAAAGACAAGAUGGAGGCUUUUGUUCUCAGCGCAAGAAAAGAACAUGCAGAAGCUUCCUAUCAGUUGAUGACUGUACAAAAAAGUUUUCAGGACUUGGUUCUGUACUUUGGACUGAAGCCCAAAUCGGGAGAGAAGGAGGUGACCCCCGGUCAUCUCUUGAUGCUCUGGUUUGAGUUUUGUUCCGACUUCAAGGCCAGGUGGAAGAGAGAGAACAAGACCAUCUCUAACGAGAGAUUAAAAGAGGCUCAGCUGUCAGUGAAGAGAAUCACAGCGGAGAAGAAGGUGGAGACCAGAAAGAUCAACCCCAACAGCCUGAAAGAGAGACUGCGUCAGAAAGAAGCCAACAUGUCUUCAACAUAGACUUACGAAAGGAGGUAUACAAGACCGAUACAUCGUGUUCAUCCCGCUAGAUGUGGACAACGAUAACAAACCAACUGUUUAUUAGUUAACACAAGAUUAACUCUAUGGAUUUAAAAAAAAAAAAAAAAAAAAAAACUUACUUUUACUUGACAAUGUAGAACUCGCAUUCAUUAUUCACUGACUUUUUAUAUAAUUUGCUACCUAAAUAUGUAAUAAAUGUGCAAUAUUUAGAAUUUCAUAUUAUAAAC